UUAAAAAAAAAAGUAAUUUUAUACUAUUAUUUUAGUAGAUUUAGUGUUAAGUGUGAUAAAUGUGAUAAAUAGUACCCACCAGACAGUACUUAUUCUCCUAGUGAAAGUCAAUUAAGUUCACUUCUUUAAUAUCCCUUUGUUCCGAUCACUACGUAUCACCAGUCAUCAUGGAUGCAUUAAAAGACUCGCUCAACGCCAUGGCUGAAAUGUUCGAACAGAAGAUGAGCGAGUUCCAGCAGGGCCUAGAUAAUGGACCCAUUACAAACACUUCCCUGGCUGCAGAGUUUAACAGCUUCAGGACCUUUGUGCUCUCUGCCAUGAAUACUUUGCAGAGACAGGUGGAGUUCCUUGGUAUAGAGGUUGAUCGUCUGGAGAUGCGUAGAAGGCGCAAAAUGCUACUAGUGCACGGAGUCAGCGAAGAUAAGUCGGAAGAUGUUACUUCACGUGUUUGUAAAGUAGUAGGGGAACAUCUUGGUGUGACUGGAUUCUCUGUUGCUUCCAUCAAGUCAUCCCAUCGCUUAGGACGUCCUUCCGAAAAGAAACCUCGUCCUAUAGUGGUAAAGUUUGCGGAUGUAGCAUUGCGGGAUAAGGUUUGGUUCUCCAAAACUGGAUUUAAGGGCAGCGGUUUAACUGUGUCAGAGUUUUUAACAAAGAGUCGUCAUAACUUAUUUAUGGAGGCAAGGCAGAGAUUCGGCAUAAACAAGUGCUGGACAAGGGAUGGAUGCAUACAUAUUAUAGGCCCAGAUGGUUCACAUCACCGAGCUGAGUGGAAAGCUGACCUACACAGCAUACCACAGACAUCUAAACAGACAUCUAAGCCUCUGACUCAGGGUACUGCCAGUCUCACCUCCAGGUCCAAAAGAACGGUCAAAAAUAAGUAAUAGGUAUCAUUAAUCUGUAAGUAUUUUAAGGUAAUGUAACCUUUAAAUAACUUGUACAAUUCAUAGGUUUAGUUAACUGUAAGCUUUUUGUAACUUCUAAUUACCCAUGUCACUACCACAAAGCCUAAGCUAUCCUAGUAUGAAUCUUUAUGUUAUGUAUAUGAAUUAAACCUUUUUUUAUUUAGUAUUUAUAACUUAUUACAAAAUUUCAUAACCAUCCUGUGUUGAUAAUUAAGAUAAUAUAUAAAGAAUGCAUAUACCUAACUUGUAAUGCACCACAUUGUAACAUUUGUGUUAUAGUUUAAUAGUUUGGUAACAAGCCUGCAGUAUUCAUUUACAUCCUGUUCUGUUUUUUAAUACCAAAAAUAAAAUGGAACAUCAUAUAACUAUUAAAUGCUAUUUAUUAAACAUUUUAAAUAAACAAUUUUCCAUAAAAUUUGAUAAUUUGAUAUUACUAAAUGCAGCUUAUAUUUCAAACAUUUUCAAUUGUUACAUAGUAUAAAUGUCAUACUACAUAAUUAUCAGAUUUAUAUUGCCUAUGCUAUUUCUUUCCUGUGUAUAAUAUAUUUAAUAAACUGUAGUUUUAGUGUAAUAAAUCAAAUUCCGUUGUUGAUACUAGGAAAUGAAAACUGUAGUUGUUACAUAAUAGGUACCUAUUAAAUUACCAUUGUUAUUUGUGUAGACUGUAGUGUCUUGUGUGACUGGCAGAUGUACGUGACAACUGUCAUCUAAUGACAGCUGUGACAUUUGACAUACCAGCCGCAGACUAAAUAACUGCUUUGGAUACAAGGCUUUUGGUCAUCACUGCGCUGGCAUUUAUAGAUUAUUAGAAUUAGAUUAUAGAAUUACAUGAUUAGUAAGCUAAGUUAUUGAAGCUGUAAGAUAGCGCCGCUUAUUAUUUUAUUAUUUAUUUUUUCUCACCCUUAAUAUGGGUCAAGGUAUUAAAAAUAUUAUGUUUUAAUUACUGCAUCAUGUUUUCACCGUAAAUAAAAUUUGUACAGCAUAAAAAUGGAGUACUCAGAUGGAGGCGCGCAAUCUUUAUUUCUUUUUUAUAAUAAUUUACGUGAAAAUUACAAGUCUAUCUCAAAACAGCUUCAUAGAUAUAGUUUAUAUUAUUUUUAUUCUUUUAAUUUGUAUAUGUACUUCAUUUUUAUUAUUGUAAUUUUUUGUCUUUAGUCACUUAGUUUUUAGUCCUCUAAGUUACCUAUUUAAAACCUACCUAUGUUUUUUGAGGGUUUUGAGAUAAAUAGUUUAUUUUUGCUAAAAGGAAAAAAGGGUUACUUUUUCAUUUUUGAUUGUUUUUACUUUAUCUUUUAUUUUUUUUUUAUUUUUUAUUAUUGUUUGUUUUAAGAAGUGAAUUAAUCUCUCCUUGCAACUGGCGGGUGGGUUCGUUAAUCAUUUAAUUUAAUUUAAUUUAAUUAUUUUUGUAUAUUAUUUUUUAGUUUAGGAAACUCGUUGCAGGUAUACUUUUGGAUAUUAUUUUAUAUAGGAUUAUUUUUUGUGUAAUAGUAUAAGUAGUAAUAAACAGUAGAUAAUUUUUAAAUAUUAUCAAGAUUCAAAAUGUCACAUAACUCUAGCCUUGAUGAUUUUCAGUCUAUAGUCUCUUCUGGUUCUAGUGGUGAAGAAAGUUUUCAAAGUGUAUCUUAUAUUCCUAUUGACGUUGCUCUCAGUAAUCACUUCCCAGACACACAGAAAAACUUUAAUAUAGUUCACCUAAAUGCACAAAGCAUUCCUGCACAUUAUCUUGACCUUCAGGCGUCGUUUGAUUCUAGCAAUGUUCAUGCCGUACUUAUUUCUGAGUCGUGGCUUAAGCCCAGCCUCCCUUCUUCCUCUUACUACCUUCCA